UAACGUUGAAAUUCGCAAACAUACACACACGCACACGCGCAUAGACACAAUAUACACAUUUGUAAUAGCUCCUAGCCGCGGGCUGGAUUCAGUUUCGCGCGGACACUCGUCGUGUGUCGCAGGCAACGAUAUUAUCCGUUUUUCCGUGCCCUGCUGGAGAUCGUAAAUCCUCCCUGCCAGGAAGGAGAGCGCGAGUGAGAAGUUUGGUGCUUGCGGUGCGAAAAUCGCGACAAAGUUAUAAUUUCGUCGGGCCCUUUUGUUUUACAUACGCGACGCGAUAUGUAAAGAUCGAGAGACGCGUGUUUUUUUCUUCUUUUUUUUUGAACGGGGUCCGGAGCUCUUUUCGCCACUGUGAUAUACGUAAAAAAAAGAAAGAAACAAAUGGAAGUACACGCGGUCGUGGUUCUGUGCGCGACUCUGCUCGUCCUAGCGACCACAGCCAGGGCAGAAGCAUCAGCAGCAGCAGCAGCGGUAGAGGCUACCGAUAUGGAAGCGGAAAUCCUUCGCAGGACACUGCCGGCCUACGGAUUGAUGGUGAAAUCGGCGGAAAUGUAUCGAGGAGUCCAGCAGGACGAGGGCAGCGCGGCCUACUACGACUACUACGAGGAGCACGAGGCCGAGGAAGCCUCGCUGCUCUGUCGGGCCGAGCUCGAGGUCUUGCGCAGGGCGGUGGACGAUCGCAAGCCCUGGGCGCUCAAAAUGCUGGACUCGAGCGGCUUACCGCGGGCGGGCUUCGUCUACGGCAACAACUACUGGCUGGGCAGCCGUAGUCAGUGCCUCGACGCGGCCAAUCGCUCGCCCCUCGUCCUCAGGACCAGUCCCUACAUCAGCGAACCCGACGACGAAUAUCCACCCUUCCGGCCCAACUAUCUGGUGGCUCACUUCCGGCACAACUCCAGUCUGCAGCUGCACGUACGCCUGCCCAACGAGGACCUCGUUACCCUGGGCCUGUGUCUACCGGCGAGCUGUCAGCCCACGACGAUCGGUCGACUGCUCGAGGCGACGUUUCGCGACGCGGACGAGCAUCGUCGUCUCGUGCACGGAAGACUGUACGGGGAGGCCGCGUACAGACUCGAGCUGGUGCGCGAUCUGCGCGGGGACGAUCUCGGCUGGCUGCUCGAGGCCCGAUCGCUGCUGGUCGAGUUCCUGUUGGCUGGACUGCUGGUGCUCAUGUGCCUCGGCACGACUUACGAGAUACUCCUCGGGCGCAACAACAACAACAACGGCAGCAGCAGCAACGGGAAGGAGGAUAAGGAGCGCAAGUGUCUGAACAACAACGAGAGCAACGUCGAGGCGGCGGCGGCAGCAGCUCCAACGUCCAACGGUGGAGGCGGCGGCGGCGGCUUCGGCCGGCUGCUGCUCAGCUUCUCGGUGGCCUCGAACACCCGGCUGAUCCUCGGCACUCGGCUCGGGCCCGACUCGAUCGGCCCCAUCCACGGCAUACGCUUCCUCGGCAUGGUCUGGAUCGUCAUGAUACACACGGUCUUCUACAUGUCCGAUUACGCCGACAACAAGGCCUGGUCCUGGCGCAUGGCCGAGGGCUUCGCCGUGCAGAUAAUCAGCAACUCCACCCUGUCCGUCGACACGUUCUUCUUUCUGUCGGGCUUCCUCGUGGCCUACAUGUACUUUACGUCGCAUCGGGCCGAGGAAAGACAACAUGAUGAGGAGGAAGGAGAACAGAUUGGAAGGCGAAGAAUCGAUUACGGGAGAAAGUGCGGCGAGUUCGUGGCGACGGUGCUGAGGCGCUAUCUCAGACUGACGCCGGCCUACCUGAUGACGAUCGGCCUGCUGCAGGUCAACUCGGCCUGGUACGCCAGGACGUCGCAGUUUUACAUGACCGAGCGACCCGACCUGCUCUGCGAGAGAUACUGGUGGAGAAACGUUUUGUACGUCAACAAUCUGUUCGGCCGCGACACCAUGUGCAUGUCGUGGAGCUGGUACCUGUCCAACGACAUGCAGUUCUUCGUGAUCGCCACCUUUCUCCUCAUCCUCUCGUCCGUAUUUUUCUACCUGGCCGCGUCGAUACUCAUGUUCCUGCUGAUCGGCUCGAUCGCCAUAACCGGCUACAUCGCCUACGUCAACGAUUACAUUCCCACGAUGGACGAGCAGUACAACAUGCUGGACGUGCUCUACGAUCCGCCCUGGACGAGGAUCGGUCCCUACCUCGUCGGAAUGAUCACGGCUUACGUGGUGACGAGGCUCGACGGCAAACUACACCUCAAGCCCCGAAGCGUCGCCGUCCUCUGGAUACUGGGCAGCUCGUGCAAUCUGUCGGUGCUCUUUGGCCUGUACGAGAGGCGAAUCGACGUUCUCGCGGCCGCGUUCUACGUCGCCCUGAGCCGGACCGUCUGGGCCGUGGGACUGGCUUGGCUGCUCGUGGCCUGCUGCACGGGACACGCGGGAAUCGUAAACAAGAUACUCUGCUUCAAGGCUUGGAUACCGCUCAGCAGAUUGACCUACUGCGCCUAUCUGCUGAAUCCGCUUCUCAUAAAUUCGAUCUAUCUGCACAGCGAGUCGGCCGUCCACGUAGAUUUCUUACCGAACAGCACGAUGUUCCUGGGCAGCCUUGUGAUAACGUACAUCUGCUCGUACGGGCUGUCGCUCAUGCUGGAGACGCCGACGGUCGUGCUGAUGCGACACUUCGUCAACGCCAAGAAGCGAUGACGAUUGUUUUAACUUUUUCAUCGUUAUUAUCGUUGCAAACGAACGUUACGAGUGCACGCGCGUCCGGUGCGGAUCGAUAUAUGGCUUCGUACAAAAAAAAGUUUCGCCUCUUGAAAAGAGACGAAUCGCGCACGAUCGUUAUACAUAUAUAUGUUAAUUUUAUUAUCUUUAUCUUUGUUACGGUUUUUUCUUUUCGUUUUAAUUGAUUAUUUAUUUUCCUUUUAUUUUUUUUUAUAUAAAUGAUCGACUGUAUGAGUGUUAUUAACUACUACUUGCGUUUUUAUCUUUAAGAUUUGUAAUAUAUACAUUAUACAUAUAUUAUUUUAGCAAAAAAAAGAACAAACAAAAUUUUAAUUUUUACGAAGAAAAAAACAAGAAAAAAAAAUACAAAGAAAGCUGCACGCUGUUUACUCCGUUUA